UCUGCGCCGUCUCGCCCGCCCGCCCUCCAGACCCCUCGCCUCACACCACAGAGGAUGAUGUGUCUGAGCCCCCCACCCCAGCCCUGCCUGAGCCCCCCAGGAGCCCCGGCACCACCAUGGACACGGAGCCCCCUGGCUCCCCGCCGCCCCCUCUGGGCUCCCCUGCCUGCACCCCAGCCCCUGCCGAGCCCCCGAGGAUGAGGAGAUGGAGACGGGCGGCGGUGAGGGCGACUCAUCGAGAAGCCCCCCUGGAGAUGGCACCCAUGCCAGCCCACCCCCAGAGCUGGGGCCCUUCCAGGGCCUGCCUGAGGAAGAAGAGGAGGAGGAAGAAGAAGCACCGAGGCUGGAGCGGGAGGGCACCAGCGGGAGCUCCCCACCGCUGAGUGAGGAGGACGGGCUGGAGGAAGGGCGGGCGGGGGGGAACCCUGAAUCCAAGGGAUCCCCUCUGCUCCUGGAGCCAGAGGAGCUGGGCCUCGAGACCCCCAUGGAAGUGUGCACGGCUGGGGAGAAGCUGCUGGAACGUGGGGACGAGGGGGGCCCCGAGCCCCCUACCCUGCGCCCUCGGCCCGAUAUCCUCAACGAGAUCUCCAACCUGAGCCAAGGGGACACGAGCAGCAGCUUCCCUGGCUCGGAGCCUCUGCUGGGCUCGCCAGACCCUGAAGGUGGGGGCUCGCUGUCCCUGGAGCUGGGGCCGGCCUCGGGUGAUGCCAGCCUGCAGAAGGAGGACGCCGGGUCGCUGCCGAUGGGCGCUGAGACCGACGACUCGCUGCUCUUCGAGCCAGCAGCCAAAGGGGAUGCAGACAAGGGCCGGCGGCGCAGCUCCCCAGGGCGCUCCCGUGUCAAGCAGGGUCGCAGCAGCAGCUUCCCUGGGCGGAGACGCCCCCGAGGUGGGUCCCAUGGCACCCGGGGCCGGGGCCGUGCACGCCUGAAGUCGACCACCUCAUCCGUUGACACUUUAGCACUCGCAGACGUGGAGAGCUCGCCCAGCAAGGAGGAGGAUGAAGAUGACGAUGACACGAUGCAGAACACGGUCGUCCUUUUCUCCAACACCGACAAGUUUGUGCUCAUGCAGGACAUGUGCGUGGUGUGCGGCAGCUUCGGGCGCGGCGCCGAGGGUCACCUCCUGGCGUGUUCUCAAUGCUCCCAGUGCUACCACCCCUACUGCGUCAACAGCAAGAUCACGAAGGUGAUGCUGCUGAAGGGUUGGCGCUGCGUGGAGUGCAUCGUCUGCGAGGUGUGUGGCAAAGCCUCCGACCCGUCCCGGCUUCUGCUCUGCGACGACUGCGACAUCAGCUACCACACCUACUGCCUGGACCCGCCGCUGCAGACCGUGCCCAAAGGCGGAUGGAAGUGCAAAUGGUGUGUGUGCUGCGUGCAGUGCGGGGCAGCUUCCCCUGGCUUCCACUGCGAGUGGCAGAACAACUACACGCACUGCGCGCCCUGCGCCAGCCUCGUCGUCUGCCCCUUCUGCCGAGAGAAGUACGUGGAGGAUGAUCUGCUCAUCCAGUGCCGCCACUGCGAUCGGUGGCUGCACGCGGCGUGCGACAGCCUCUUCACCGAGGAGGAGGUGGAGCAGGCAGCGGAUGAAGGCUUCGACUGCAGCGCCUGUCAGCCCUACGUGAUCAAACCGGCAGCACCUGUGCCCACGCCAGACAUGUUGGCCAAGGCCAAGGAGCCAGAGCCCCAGUAUUUCCGUUUUGAGGGCGUCUGGCUGACGGAGACGGGCAUGGCGGUGCUGCGCAACCUCACCAUGUCCCCCCUGCACAAACGGCGGCAGCGCAAAGCCCCUCGUCUGGGUGCCCUGAAUGGGGAUGGGGGGCUGGAGGGGGGAGACCCCCUGGGUCCUGAUGAGAAGAAGGAUGGCGACCUGGACGCUGACGAGCUGCUCAAGGCUGAAGUGGGUGUGGAGCACAUGGAGUGUGAGAUCAAGCUGGAGGCUCCAGCCAGCCCCGACCGCGACGUGGGGGCUGACGUGGACUCGGGGAAGGGGCUGGAGGACCCGGAUGAGUGCAAGAAGAGGAAGCGCAAACCUUACCGACCUGGCAUCGGUGGCUUCAUGGUGCGGCAGCGCAAGUCCCACACCCGCCUGAAGAAGGUCCCAGCAGUGCUGGCUGAAGUGGGACGUGAGGGGCUGAGCGCAGAGGGGCACCCAGAGGAUGGAGCUCCAGGGGACCUCCCUGCAGAGGGUGGCCUGGAUCCAGGCUCAGCUGAGGGGGACGAGAAGAAGAAACGCCGUGCACGGAAAAAGAGCAAACUGGAAGACAUGUUCCCUCCAUACUUGCAGGAGGCAUUUUUUGGGAAGGCACUGAUGGACCUGAGCCGGAAGGCGCUGCUGGCAGCGGGCGGUGUUGGGGACGGAGCUGCCCGCCCCUCCCUGGCACAGGGUGCCCCCACGGCACAAAGGGGACCCCAACGUGGCAGGGGCUCUGCAGGGGACCCCCCCUGGGAAAGGAGGGAGACCCCCACUCAUCCCCGAGGUGAGUCCAGAUCGGGGAGCGUGAGUCCCAGCUCAGAGGGGCUGAUGAAGGCAUAG